AAUUGUUUACCGGGACAUCUAUUAUUUAUAUGUAUAAUACUUUUAUGUUGCUCGCGUUUUUUCAGGUUUAGGUUAGAGAUUUGAAAACUUUUCUUUAUCAUGUAGUCAACACACGCUUGAAAAAUUUGUCGUGCAAAUACAAAUAUAGCAGCCUGAAACAAUUCAAUCGCGAUUCUCACUAAUUACCUACUUCACGGCGGACGAUCGGUGACACGUGGAGGGGCAAGAGGAGGAAAAACAGCUGUUUGACGGUGGAGUGUGGACAUGGUGGACAUGUUUGUCGGCGCGGCCGCACGGGGAUGCGUUGUCGCUCUGGAGCACGUAUACGAGACGUCGACUCGCGAGAUAACGGCGGGCGGGAAUGAUGUGAUCGCGGGAUGUGGGACGAUCGCGGGUGGUUGGUGGUAAGUGUGCUACGUCCGGUGCUACGUAUUACUACGUGAGGAGGGGCUCUUUCUCGCGCGGUUCCUACGGGUUAUGUUACGGAGGUCCUUCGCGCGUGUACAAGGAUCAUGGCGCAGUGCAAGUUAACCCCACGGGAGUUCAUCGGCAACGCUUUCUCCCCGCAGAUCGCCGUGGUCUGCUCGGUCGCGGCCGACGUCGCGUGUCAGAAGAACAAUCUCUCGUUCGUCGAGCUGCUCCAACCGUUCUGCAAAUUAAACACCGAAGGUCACUUUAAGGAUCCCCAAGGCAGCACAGUACCGAUUAGAAAUCUUCGACUUUCCAUACAAGACAUUAACGCGCGACCACCAGAACCGAGUCUUGCCAAGAAGUUACUGAACGAAGCAGUUAGUACCACUCUGUGUGAACGUACCACCACGGUUCACAUCGGCACAACCGAGUUGAAUAUUCCUGUCUCUGUUCCUUGGUUCGAGGCGUGGAGGGAAACAUUUCUGAGCGUCCAAUUUCCGUCGGAUCACGAAUUCACGAAGCAUCUGCUCGCGUGCAUGAUAGUAGUCUCCACAGCAGAGGAAAAUCCGUUAGAGAAGAUUCAGACAAUGGGAGCGCAAUUGCACCAAAGUAUACCAGGAAAAUUGCCUAAAUGGUUUAACAACAAUGCCCUUAGGUAUUACAUCUUAGUUCAUGACGCUAUUCACGAUGACAGAAAUAAAGCAGAAACAGUUUUUACAGACAUGAAGAAUAUUUAUGGUGCUAAUAAUUGCUUUCUAUUGCAAAUGAAUUCGAGACCACCUGGUCUUUCCGACGAUAACAUGCAUUUACCUGAUCCUUGGAGUCAGUUCUUGAUGAAACAUUCAGAAUUGGCUGGUAAUAGCGAUCAGAACAGUUCCCCACGUACACCUGCGGAUAUGGGUGGAGUAUCUGCCAUGCCAAGUGAGCUGACCACAGAGACCGAAAAAACGAGCCAAGCGGGGACACCACUAAUGCCACACAACUGUGUUGCAUUGCCAUCUCCAGAUUUAACGGAGAUUGUCUCCGGAGUUGACACAAUUAGUCUCUCGUCUGAAAUAUCCGAGUCGACAAAUGCGAAUCUAGAAGUCGGGCAAGAAGCAGUUCCUGUUACAGUUCAUCCACUCAGUCCAGACAACGAGAAAUCGCAAGACUUUACUCUCGCAACUAAUACCAAGAAUCAGUCUAUUGUUACUAAUUCACCAAUAAAUACGAAUGUCUGGGCGGAUUCUCCGAAUUAUGUGGUUGCUCAACACGGUGCUCGUCUUUCUACCCAAGAUCUAGAAAGAUUACGGACAUUAAUAACUGAAUUCUGUUUGCGUAGCCUGUUGCCUUAUGUAGAAAAACAAAUUGGCCUAUUGAAUGACGUGAUUUCGAACAAAAGGGUCAGUAGAUCGCUAUUUAGCGCUACGAAAAGGUGGUUUAGUACAAAUAAACCUGGUGCACCAGGUUCGGCGCCGUCAAAUGCUGUAAUUUACACAGCAGAAUCGCCGGAGUUGCAAUUACGACGCUUGGGUGAUUUGUGUUUCAUGUUUGGUCACUAUUCACUCGCUUAUCAGGCGUAUCAUAGUGCGAAACGCGACUUUGCCGCGGAUCAAGCUUGGGUGUAUUAUGCAGGUGCACUCGAGAUGGCCGCUUUAAGUGCUUUUAUGCAAGGCGAAACAAACAGGAAGACCAUCGAAUACAUGGACGACGCAAUAUUAACUUACGCAAAUAGCUGUAAAAUGCCUCAGUUUGCGACAAGGGCGACGCUACUUAGCGCCGAGUGCUUGAAGGGUCGGGGAUUGUACGGAGAAGCCGCGAAGCAGUUGAUACGCAUGACAAGCGAAGAUUCCGAUUUACGUUCGGCUUUACUGCUUGAGCAAGCCGCUUAUUGUUUUAUCGGACCAAAAAUGAUGCGUAAAUAUGCCUUCCACGCGGUUCUGGCUGGACACAGAUUCUCGAAAGCUGGCCAAAGAAAACACUCUCUGAGAUGUUAUCAACAAGCAUAUCAGGUAUAUUACGAAAGGGGCUGGUGUUUGGCAGAAGAUCACAUCCAUUUCACGAUCGGCAGGCAGGCCGCAUCCCUGAAACAAAUUUCCGAAGCAGUAAAGGCGUUUGAAAAGUUACUUAAUGCUUCUAGUAAGCAACAUGCUCCGCAACAAGCUGCGUUUCUACGAGAAUUUUUACACACUCACAACUUAUUGUUUCAGGAAAAUGGCAUGAGUUGUAUGGAACUUCCUAAUUUACCCUUACCGUUACUGGAUAGCAACAAUAUCAAGGUACUAUAUGGUCCAUUGGGCAAACAAACCGAAAGCAAUAUUCCGGCAAGUCACAUCACGUUCGAUAUCGAAGCAGAUGACACAAGGUGGUCGAAAAUGGAGGAAUUGCUGAUAACCGAGGCGCAGGGUUCACCACCCAUGAUAUUUAAGCCGACGGUCGCGCUGUACUCCAAACUGAGUAAUAAUACCAUAAAACCCAAUGCGGUUCUAAACGAACCGGUACAUUAUUCUAUCGAGUUGCACAACCCUUUGCACGUUCCUCUACCACUAUCGGACGUAACUUUGUUGUGGUCGUUUAUUUACAAUAAUGAGACUGUCACGAAUGAGUUAAAAAUGAUCGACAGUUCAAACCCGGUCGAUUCGGACGUCAUAGACGUGAUUUUAUUGCAACCGACAUGUAAACAGAAUAUCGUCUUGUCUCUUACACCCAGGCGAGUGGGCGAAUUGAAAGUCCUAGGUAUAAGUUACAAAUUGUCCAAUCCGGUACAGGUGAUAAGCGAUCCAUUGGUUGCAAAUUCGACCACUGUCGUCGCCGGUAAGAGAUUAUUCGAGAUUACACCGCCAAAACUAAAAAAUAUCAAAGAGAAAUCUGGUGUGAAUAUGUAUGGGAAAGAUUAUAGGCUGGAGAUGAACGUGAUAGAAAAGGCGGCGUUUAUGCAGAUACUUUUCACUAAAUUGUCACCGGAAAUGUUGUGCGGCGAGGUGCAAAAGGUGGAAGUCACAUUGAAGAACGUAGGUAACGCACCAUUAACGAAUAUAUAUAUUGCAUCGACCGAUGCAAAACUUUUUACAUUAGGAAACGCGGAAGUCAAUAAACUCGAGAACGAAGAUUCAAUUGCAAAAAAGAGCAGUAGGUCAGUCACGAAAGUGAUAUUGCCAGCCUUCAAGAAAUGUGUGUUGAAUGUAGGCGAGACCCACAAAAUGCCACUUUGGGUGCAAGCACCUCAUGUGAAGGGUACUCACAGAUUAGAUCUGCUUUUUUAUUAUGAAAGCGUUGAAUCAAAAGCAACUUUGAAGCACCGUUUGUGCCGACACACGUGGCAAUUAACAGUGCUAGAUUCGAUACAAAUUACUGCAGUUGUUAACAGAAGUAGACUGUUCAAAGAUGAUUCGCCGACAUUAAAUUUAAUCAUGUCCGUUAAAAAUACCAAUCAGGUUCACGAUCCAUCCAUAAAUGAAAUUAUUCUGUCCGAAGUGUCGCUUCAGAGCGCCGUAUGGUCCACAUUUCACUCCUCAGUUUUGCCACCAAGCGUGAAGGUGCAACCUCAGGAGGUGUUCCAUCUGAUGUUGAAAUUGAAGAAGAAGAAGACUAACGAAGGGAAAUCGACCAUUUCUGACGUGUCCUUGACUCCUGACGAGAGCGGCAAGACACUGAUCAGCGAUUAUCCGUUCAUCAAUUUUGUUCAAAGACGUCACAUCCAGCCGUUGGACGUGAACGAGAAUGCGAAUGACGCACAACAGAUUCAGUCGCAACAUAACAUCGAGCGCAAUAACUCCGUGAUGUCGGAUAUCACGGCCUUGAAUUCCACGCUGAUCGUCAAGUGGUGCGCCAACGUGACGGAAAGCGGCGUGAUCACCCGGAAGGCGGUCGGGCAGCAUCACCUCGAGCUCACGCAUUUAAACAAAACGUAUAAACACCCAAGAGAACCACAUACCGAGCGUAGCUCAGAAUUUGGCACACGUUUAAAAGUCUUUGGGCCCGACCGAAACGUAUCGAGUACAGUAAUUAUCCCUCUCAAGGAUCCUACAUGGGAAGCGGAACAUAUGAAAAGUCUAAUCUCUUUUUCUCUUAGUCACCAAAGGCAGAUCACACACAAUUUUCAGCAAAAUCGAUUGUGCAUUGUCCCCGUGACAAUGUAUUUGCAAAAUCACUCAGAAAUGCGGAUUGACGUUAAAAUAAGUACGAUAGGUACUAGUAGCGAAACUCAUCUUCCGAAUAUUAAGACUCAACUAUACUCACCGCAAGCUUCGACAUACUACAAGUACGCUGGUCACUCGUCAAUUUAUUCCAAUGUCGAAGCGCACGUGAGUAACACCGUGAAGUUACACGCCGUGCUGCCCAGCGUGGGAACGUACGACCUGGCUGCGCGAAUAGAGAUCUCCGUUAAAGUUGUAAAUAGCCAGGACUACAUUACACAGAAAGGCAAAAUGGAGAGUAUAUGUAUCGUUAACGACGGCAGUAUGUAGAAUAAUAUUCAUCGCGCGAUUACAGAGUCACUAACGGAUAUGAUGGAAGUACUACUUUUUAGUGUAACUCAGAAUCAUUCCUUAUCAGUAUAUGUACAUAUGCCGUGUGUUGAAAAUUGUUACAUUAUAUUACAAUUGAUAUUUUAAUAAUGUCAACAUAUUUUUUACCUGAUAUAUCACGUUUCAGGCGUCGAUUGUUUUGUUAGCGAUAGCUCUUUGUACUUCGGUGAGUACACAGCGAGAUAUACGCGCGAACUAAAAUCUUCACAGUCUCGAGAUCUCGAUUACGUUUAGUCGAUUUCACUGUAUAAUAUGAUUACUUAAUUUUUUUACAAUCUGUUAGUCUCGAGCUACCUCAUAAUAAAUCUACAAAGCAGUCGAACGCGAAUGGCAAGAAUUUUUGAAACGGCUCUUUUCUAUGCCGCUCAAUCAGAGGAUGACUGCAUACUUUUGACUGCCAAACGAUACACACGUUACCUUUAAUCAAGACAUAUCGUUUAUAAAGCACUUUUAUAAUUAUGUUUAUAAUUAUCUGCAUCUCUUUUCGUGCUACUUUUAUCGGCGAAAGAAAUUAUUUUCCUUUACACGAAUGAAUUUAUUCAAAUCUUCAACUUAUGAAAAUGAGUAAAAAGUAAUUUAUCUUGUUGGAAAGGAAGAGAUACCGUUUUUAUUUCUUUACGUAAAAUCAACAUGUGUGCAUAUUUAGCGAUCGAUGAUGUAAUUGCUUAUGACAGUAUGAAAAACAGAAAUUAUACAUUUUACAAUUGCAUAAAACACGAACGCGUUUUAGAGGAUUUUUUUAUAACUGUUCGAAGAAAUUUAAAGGAACAAAAUAAGAAAUACUGAGGUCUUUUAGGUAAUAGACUUGUAUUUUUUGUACAGUGUGUAUUUCUUAAGAAAUGUGUAUAAGUCAAUUUUCAUAAACAAGAGUGUAGUCUCAGUGUUUAUGACGCAUAAUACAAGAAAGGAAUCUUGUAUAUAAAAAUUGUUAUAUUCGCGAGUUAAAUAAUAGUAAAAUUAUUUAGCAUUUUUAACGGUUAUAAUGGCGUUUGUAGCAUAUUGUCUUUCUCUCCAUAACAUGUUGAACUUUUUGUUGAAUAUAAAAGUCUUUAAAAACAUUUUUGUAAAAAAUAAUAUAUUAAUAUAUAAUAUAUAAUCACUAUAGAACGAAUUAUUCUUUAUAAAAUAAAAAGAAGUCUUAGUUUUUUUUGUAAAUUUAACAAUACGUGUUAAAAUAUUUACUCUGUAAGUAUCUCGAGAAGAAUGUAUUAAACCUUUAAUAAUAAUACGUUAUAAAUAUAUGUACAAUCGUGUAGAUAUAGUUA